GAGUUCUCACUUUAUCUGAUAUGGCUGCAUGUCAAUGUUUCGCGAUUAAAGCAAAAACUUCAGAAAACCAUUUACAUCGUGACGUUGUCAUAUUGCACAGGGUUGAACGUUGGAAACCGUAUUGGAUGAACGUAUUUACAAAACCACGCCUUCCCCCGAAAUUCUAUUGGUCUGCAACCUUACGUUUAUCCCUAUAGGGUGCUCGGAAAGAGAGGAAAUACGGUCCGUAAACGUAGAAUGCCACCGCUAUUUCUCUCGCAACAACGCCGAGCAUGUUUCGCGUCCUUCUCCUAAGGGGUGGGAAUUACAUUUCGCCCCAGAUGGCUAUGGAGGUUGAAUCCAGCAAUAUUGGGACAGCUAGUAUCUGUUUCGGGGCAUUUAGUGACGUUGGUUUCACGAGAGAACAAGUACAGUGCGUGACUUGUGAGAAAUUGAAAUCGACGAAUAUGACAAUGGAUGUUAGUAAUCGCAAGGUGGAUUUACGGGGUGACACACAUAUCGAAAACAAAAGUGAUAGAAUUCAAAUGACUGCCAAAGCUUCAGUGAAAAGACCCUUCGAUGUAGCAUUUCUGAUGUUACCUGACGAAAAAAUGAAACAGAAAAAGUUGGCCAAGUUGCAAGAGAGGAAAAUAGAGGUGACAAUUCCCGAUCCCGAAGAAGAAGAUGAAGAAAUUGAAGUUGGGGACCACAACGAAAAUUUCAGAAACGAUUGCAAAAUCCAGAAAUUUUUAUCUUCACAUCAUCAAAAACAACAGAUAUUCGACGAUCCAGGUUUGAUCAAGGCUAAAAACUUAGAAGAACUCAGAGCUAAAACAUCACCCAGUUACGAACAGCGAAGUGCAUUCACCAAGGUCAAUUUAGCGAAUAAGGAAACUAAUAAUUGUAUAUCUCCGGCUCUGUCUAUCAGUCCAGAUUUGACUUAUCAACAUUCUUUAAGUCCGUCACCUCCGAUACGUACAUACCAAAACUUCUCCAACAAUUUGUUACCUCAAAGUCAUCUGUUUAAGACUCAAGCAAAUGGCUUUUCUGGCAAUUUUGAUACCUUCAAUAGUGCGCCCAUAAUCGAAGGACAUCAUUUUCUCAUGAAGACAGACAAUAGGUUGGCCAAUAAUUUGGGGAAGGUUCGCCCCAUAUACAGACCAGAAUUGGCUUACAAUUAUGGACAGUUCCCAACGCACACGGAAAUGAUGAAAAUGACUCCUACCGCCCCCGAUCUAGGCUUAAGAAAUCCUGCCGCCGCAAUCUUGACAUCCUUGCUACCACCAUCGCUUGCUGCUUUAUCCCUGCCAGCACAAAACGUCUGUGCGAAAUGCAACAUUUCCUUCCGCAUGACCUCAGACUUAGUCUACCACAUGAGGUCGCAUCAUAAAAAUGACUCGGUAGAUAUGAACAAAAAAAAGCGAGAGGAUAAAUUGAAAUGCCCUGUUUGCGCAGAAUCUUUCAGAGAAAGGCAUCAUUUAACGAGGCAUAUGACCGCGCAUCAGGAUAAGGAGGAAGAUGAUAUUAUCAAAAAGAAGGACGUUCAGCAGUAGAUCUUAUAAUUAUCACGUUGUACAUAUUAUAUUAUAAAUAUAAUUGUUAGGGUCGUUGUAAAAUGUAAAAAUAAGGUUAUGAUGUUGAGUUUUUGAUUGAAUGGGCCGAUUGGUGCUGUUAAGAUCCAAUUAUGGAAUGAAAUUGUCAAUAUUAUGGAUUUUGGCGCACGUUCUGAGUUAUUAUGUGCAAUAUUUAUAUUUAAUUGUAUAGAA